AUGAGUGCACGCCAGUUAGCUGGCUCGAGUGGACUGUUGGAUCAGGCCGUUUUGUCAAAACUGCUGAAGAGAAAGGUAAGAUCCACUUCAAGUAUUUCAUCGAAAGACGGGACAAAUGAGAAAAAGAGAGCGAGUUCAAACAAUUCUGUGAUAAAAACAACAUCAAAAAAUCCUAACCAAAAGCAAACAUAUGUUAAUUCACAUAACCUCCCUAACUCCACGAAUACUGAAAUGAAUACUUUAAUUAUUGAAAAUAAUAACUCUGCGACCCAUAUCAUUGAAUCUAUACUAGAACAUGAUGCUAACAACACUGGAGUACCAGAAAAUGUUGUUCAGAGUUCAAAUGCAACAAAUACACCAUCAACAAUAAAUAGUAUCCCUAACAGUAAUAGGUCAGUAAUAGAGGCGGAACACGACCGACUUACUUACACCGUCCCUAUCUCGCAAAAACUACACAACACGACUUACGCACAGGCAACGUGUACUAAAACUACAUAUCACAACACAACACCACAAUUCACAACUGCUCAAACAACGAGUGUAACUCCUCACUACGCAAUCUCUCACAAUAUAGCUCCUCAUCAUACAACUCAAAUUACAAAUCCCAAAACUUCAAAUGAAUCUUCUCGUUAUGUAAUCCCUCACAAUAUCAUUCCUCAUCAUGUAGCUCCUCAAAUUACAAAUCCCCAAACUUCAAAUAUAUCUCCUCACAAUACCAUUCCUCAUCAUACGACUCCUCAAAUUACAGAUCCUCGAACUCCAAAUAUAUCUCCUCAAUACACUACUUCUCAUACUACAAGUAUAACUCCUCAGCACUCAAUAAACCAAACGAGUAUAAUCCCUGACCGUUCAGCUACAGCGGAGAACAGACGGAACAAGGAAAAAAAAACAUACCGUCAACCCCGAGAGAAUGCCCGUGAAAAUCGGUUUAACACAGUGUUCUCGAAACGUAGGCAGUAUGAAGAAAAGCAAAGCACAUUCUAUACAACCAAGCACGAUUUCCUUUAA